UCUCUUCCAGACAGAAUAUACCCAAACAUCGAAAUACCCAAUACCCAACCAAGAAACCUUGGAACCAACCCAAUCUUUUGCAGUUUGUGUCCUAUUGUAUCAAUAGGCUGACUUCAUAAUUAAUACUUUGGAUCGGAACAAGUCUUAGUUCCGCCAAUUGUUUCUGCCUCGUCGACAACCUUUAACACAGUCGCAGCCAUGGCUCCUCACGCAGAUGCCCCGACUACCCGCGCGGGUUCCGACUCGACAAAGUCGUCCAGAUACCACUCUUCCUCGACCAAGGGUGCGAUUGACGCCGAACACAAAUACGCCGCCCACAAUUACCAUCCUCUCCCGGUCGUUUUCGCUCACGCGCAGGGCGCUGAUGUUUGGGAUCCGGAAGGCAAGCACUACAUUGACUUCCUCUCUGCAUACAGCGCCGUCAACCAGGGUCAUUGCCACCCGGAACUGGUGAAAGCGCUCACUGAACAGGCCGGAAGAUUGACCUUGAGCUCCAGGGCGUUUCACAAUGACGUGUUUCCCAAGUGGGCGGAAAAGGUCCAAUCCAUGUUUGGAUACGACAUGGUUCUGCCAAUGAACACAGGCGCUGAGGCCGUGGAGACGGCUAUAAAGAUUGCGAGAAAGUGGGCUUACAAGGUCAAGAAGGUGCCAGAGGGCAAGGCAUUGGUCUUCGGGGCCAAUGAAAACUUCCACGGCCGCACGAUGAUUGCGGUAACCCUAUCCACCGACCCGGAGUCAAAAGACAACUACGGACCAUACAUACCUAAUAUUGGAGCCGUCUCUCCCUCUACCGGUAAGCCAAUUCGGUACAACAACGUAGCCGAUCUGGAGGAAGUGCUCGAGGCUCACGGAAAGGAGACCGCCGCAUUUAUUGUCGAGCCCAUCCAGGGAGAAGCAGGUGUAGUAGUUCCCGACGAGGAUUACUUAGUCAAGGUUCAUGAUCUUUGCAAGAAGCACAAUGUGCUUCUGAUCUGUGAUGAGAUUCAGACGGGUAUCGGUCGCACGGGCCGCAUGCUAUGUUCACAGUGGGCUGGCAUCAAGCCGGACAUGAUUACAUUGGGGAAAGCUAUCUCUGGUGGCAUGUAUCCCGUCAGCUGCGUCCUUAGUAGUAAAGAGAUCAUGCUCGUCGUCGAGCCUGGCACCCACGGCUCGACAUACGGCGGUAACCCUCUAGGUUGUGCUGUCUCGAUACGUGCUCUCGAGCUCAUGGAUGAGGAACAGCUUACCCAGAAGGCCGAGAAGCUUGGUAACAUCUUCCGCGACGGUCUAGCAGCAUUUAACUCGCCAGUUAUCAAGACCAUCCGCGGAAAGGGUCUACUAAAUGCCGUCGUUAUCGACGAAUCAAAGACGAACGGCCGUUCGGCAUGGGACUUAUGUCUCCUCCUCAAGGAGAAGGGACUCUUGGCUAAACCGACCCAUGGUAACAUCAUCCGCUUCGCACCGCCAUUGGUCAUCUCGGAGGUACAACUUCGAAAGGCAAUGUCAAUUAUUGGCGAUGCGUUGCGAGAGCUACCAGAUGUGAAGAAGCAUGAAGAAGUCCACGUUGAGCUGGAGAAUUAAUUCCUCGCGGCAUAGCGGCGCUAGCGACACCCCGCAUCUUUUAGUUCAUGUGAAAUCACGGGAUUGGUCGGAGUUAGAUCUGGGCCACGAACUUGAGAAUUGUUCGUUGGCAAGGCGUACAGCAUCA